CACAGAUGUCACUUGCUUUGUUAAUUAAUGAAGUUAUUCAGGUUAAAAAUGCUCUUUUGAAUCAUUUCCACUUAUGUAUAUACAAAUUAAUUCUAGAGUUCGUUCACUUCUGAUAUUUGGACCUCAUCCCAUCAAUUUUCAACAUCAUAAGUGAAUGAACCAUCGAGUUUGUAUAUAAACAAUAAAAACAUAUGAUCCAUCAACGCAAUCUGUUUACAACUCGUCCUUGAGAAUUUGAUUCUGCGCAAAUCCAUUAGUAAAAUUGAGACUCAUAAAUAGCUUUUGAGCAUUUACUCAAUUUUCUCUUCUUAAAAACUCAAAAACAUUCAAUAUCAAUUAUGAUUUGUUAACAUUUGAAUUGAAAAUUUUGAAGAAUUUUAAAAUAAUAUUUAUUAGAGUAUUUAAAACAUUUUAAAUGUUAAAUUAAAUAAUGUCAGAAGGUUCGUCAGGCAAUGAUACUAAAGACCUGGAACCAAAACCUGAUGGAUAUAAUGCAUUAUUUGUUUUUGCAUUUGUGAUUUUCAUUUUGUGUGUUUAUUCUUGCUUCGAAAAUGAUUCUAAUAUUGAGCCCAAUGAGGAUUAUUUAGAUCGAGUCCUUCGAGAGCGAAGAGCGCGAGCAUCAAUAAGCAACCGUCCAGUUCCAAGCUAUUGUCUUGAACGAGUAGCGACUGAAGUAAAUACAAAUAAUCUCUUAGCAGCUGACUCUUAUUCGGAUGAUAGUCCAAUUUUGUCAAUGAAUUCUGCCAUUCGAACCAUCAACAUUAAUAUCGAUCAUUCAACAUCAAGACACCAACGAGCAUCAUUACCUCUAUUUGAUAACAUUUCAUCCGACCUUCCAAGCUAUGGAGAAGCGAUGAAUCAAUUAUUCGACAUUCAUCAUGGUUCACACUCAUCAGAAUUUCCAUGCACUAGUCAACCACAACGACCAACAUCACUUUAUAUCUCAUCAAAUUCACAUCAACCGCCAACGCCUACUAGAAUUAAUAUAACUCAGGGUAAUGACCUCCCAAGCUACGGAGAAGCUAUGGCACUUUUAGCAUCGAAGCAGUCCAACUGUCAAUAGAUAUAAAAAUGAAAUUUAAGCUUAUGAUGAUUUUAUACAAAAAAAAAUUUGAGAGCUUUUUAUAAAAUUGAAAUAAAUGUUAAUAAUUUUUGUUUAAAUGGAA